ACAAAACAGCUGCAGUUUCAGUGAAGCUGUUGCCGGGCGAUGAUACGAUAUGAUAUGAUGUAAUAGGAUACCAGUGCCAUUUCCCACCCAUUAACCUUACCUUGCCUCUCUUCUAAUUUAAACCUCUGCUGCAAGGGAGCGAGAGAGAGAGAGAGAGGAGAGGCACACAGCGCGCAGAGAGACUAGAGAGAGAGGGUUUGUCCUCCUGCCUGCCUUGGCUUGGCUAGCUUGGCCUCCCCUCCACCUCCAUCGGUGUAUUACAUCCGAGGGCACUCCAUCUCUUGCGUCCCUUAACCCCUCCACCAAUCCAAUCCAAUCCCUUAACCCCGCACCGAAUCCAGACUUCGAAGCUUCCUCUUCCUCCCGGUCCCGGCCCCGGCCCCGGCCCCGGAGCCCUGUUCUUGGUACUUAGGACAAGACGCUCCGAGACCCUCGAGAUUGAGAGCUCGCUCGCUCGCUCGGUGUCUUCGCCAGCUGCCCACCCUCCUUCCUGCUCGUCCCCCCGCUCGCGCCUCCUCUUCCUCGGACUGAUGGGCGACCAUCUCGCGUUGAUCGUGGACCGGCUGCUGACAGAGUCGACGCUGGAGGCGGCGAUCGGCGGUGGGAAGCACAUGGUCGAUCUGCGUCAGGAGACGGUGGAUGUCGAGUACUGCCAUCGCGGGCUAGGCGGCGGCUCGGCGACCAAGGUGGUGGAGUGCAGGAUUUGCCAGGAGGAGGACUGGGACACCUGCAUGGAGGCCCCCUGCGCCUGUUGUGGCAGCCUCAAGUUCCUUUCUUGCAGUAUGCGCAUCGGAAAUGCAUUCAGCGCUGGUGCAAUGAGAAAGGCGACACUAUGUGUGAAAUAUGCCUGCAGGCCAGGUUAUACUUCUCCACAACAGCUGUUUCACUAUGGAAGUAUACCAAUGAAUUUCAGAGGGAACUGGGAGAUUGCCAGGCAAGAUCUCAAUGAUUCCCAGAUAAUAACAAUGAUGCCCACGGAGCGUGAUUUUAUGGACAAUUACGAUGACUACUUUCCUAUCAGGACAAGAAGCAGCACCUUGUGUUGCCGGACAAUUGCCAUAAUUUUCAUGUCACUCCUGGUCCUUCGCCACACUCUUCCUCUUGUGAUUGGUGACAAUGGGGAGUACUCAUUGGCCUUAUUCUCGCUUCUGGUGCUGAGAACUGCGGGAAUCCUCUUUCCAAUCCUGGUGAUGGUGAGAGCAUUGGCAAGCUUCCAUCAUCGACGGCGGCAGCAGGUAAUUUCGUUACUGAGCUGCACCGUGUCAUGCAUCCUGAUCAUGUUCAGUUCAGCAGAAGCAGAUAUCGCAUAAUUGCAUGUCACACCUGUGGAAAUUUCUCCAUUCGUAGUAGUAGAAACAUAGAUUUGUAUGAGGCAUAACUCUCGGAUCUAGAUCAUUUAACACUGCAGGAAAGCCAGGAAGCAUAUAUAUCUUCAUCAGAGAGCGAGGAGGAAGAGGAAGAGUAUACAGUUGCCAAUUCUGCACAAACAAACUACUCGCAACCGCGCUUCAUACCAGUCUACUGACAUGGCCAAGAACAAGCCUUCCAACCUCACAUCUGACAGGGAAUUCCAGCGCCUGAGUUUAGCUGACAGAUGCAAGGAUGAAUGGAUGAUCACAAGGGGGGAAAUUACAAAAUUGUGAAUGUGGUGACAUAGUAAGAUAGCCUGAAGCCACUCGCUUCUAUGCCCAUAGAGAAGAAUGUAGUGGCCCUGCUACUUGUACAUAGGAGAGAGUACAGCAGCAGAGUGCUGACAAACCCGGAUACUGUGACUCGAGUCUCUACUGCAGUAACCCUUGUGCACUGCUCUCCCCGUCUCAAAUUAUUUGUUAUGACCUUACGUAGUUUUUGUUAUGCAUCUAGAUAUCAACUAUAUCUAGAUACAUCACAAAAAUAUUUACCUAAGAAAGUUAAAUAAUUUAUAAUUUGAAUUUAA